AUGGCUCCAAGAUCGUCGCCAUUCGAUCUUUCAAAGUGCGCACGUCCGAACAUCUUAAGGCUGCAGCCUUAUCGAUGCGCAAGAGAUGACUACAAAGAUGACGGGACGAACAUUUUGCUCGAUGCGAACGAGAACGCCUACGGCCCAGGACUUGCGCUCAAUUCCGAAGGCACACUCGAGGAAUCCACCGUCAAUGGGGGCUCGCCGCGGUCUUCGAAUCCCGAGAUUGAUUUCUUGGGCUUGAACAGAUACCCAGACCCACAUCAGAUCGAAUUGAAGAAGUUGUUUUGCAAGUUUCGCAACACCCACGUUCACACACAGAAGGACCUACAGCCGGAGAACAUGUUCGUGGGUGUUGGGUCAGACGAGGCCAUUGACGCCCUUUUGAGAUGUUUCUGUGUUCCUGGAAAGGACAAGAUUCUUACCUGCCCUCCUACAUAUGGCAUGUACGCGGUCAGCGCGGAAGUCAACGAUGUCGAGAUUGUGAAGGUGCCCCUGGACGUCAACAAUGGCUUCCAACUGCAAGCGGACAAGAUCAACGAGACAUUGUCUGCGGAUCCGGCGAUCAAAAUGGUGUACAUCUGCUCGCCCGGUAACCCCACUGCGAACCUGAUCAAGAAGGAAGACAUUCAGAAGGUGCUGGAGCACCCCACGUGGAACGGGGUGGUCAUUGUGGACGAGGCAUAUAUUGACUUUGCGCCCGAGGGCUCCAGUCUUGCCGAAUGGGUGACCGAAUGGCCCAACCUGGUCGUGAUGCAAACUUUGAGCAAGGCCUUUGGACUAGCAGGCAUCCGACUUGGCGUUGCAUUUACAAGCCCGGAAAUUGCCCGGCUCUUGAACAGCCUCAAAGCCCCCUACAACAUCUCAAGCCCGACGAGUGCGAUCGCGACCGCCGCCCUGUCGCCUCAGAACAUGGCCGUCAUGCGCAAGUACCGCGAACAGAUCAUUGCUCAGCGCGAACGAAUGUUACAGGAGCUCCCCAAGAUCCCAGGUGUGGGUCGUUUCCUCGGUGGACAGGAAUCCAACUUCCUUCUCGUAGAAAUGCUCGACAAGCCUGCCAGUGGGGGCGGAAAGCCCAGUAACGCUGUGGCCUUGGCGGCGUACGAGGCUAUGGCUGAGAAGCGGGGUGUCGUCGUCCGGUUCCGGGGCAAGGAACCCGGAUGUGAGGGUUGUCUGCGGAUUACUGUAGGAACAGAGCAAGAGGUCACUCGGUUCCUACGCGAACUAAGGGCCGUGCUGGAUGGUCUCCUGAAAGGGGUGGAAAUCAAAUCGGUCAGGGACGAGAUGAACAGGGAGAACCAAGCCAAUCAGGUUGUUGCCUGA